UAGUUAGGUCCGCUUAAUAUCAAAAACCUUCUUUUCUAAUUGCGGUUACCUCGAUUAUCAAAAUUCUAUUGAGCAAUGUCUAUCAAAUCUAAAGUCUAACGAAGCAUGUUUUGCUCUUCAAGUGGAUAUACUAUACGUCGCAGAGUAGUGGGAUGGAUAUUUGCAAAUUUCUCUGCUUACUAUGGGCAAAUUAUUGUAAACAAACUUUGAAAAACAAUCCAAAUAACGGGCGACAUGAGUAACUCUCGUACUCAAAUACGAAUAUUACUCAGAACAGAAAAACAGCAAUCCAUAUGUGUGUUCAUACGUAGAAUUGAUAAAAUAAGUGCAAUAAAUUAUUUAAAAAUUAAUCUCGGCGAUAAAUUAAUUAACAUACAGAUAACUGUACCUAUGUAUAUAAUUUUGGAUGUAUAGACAAAAAUACCGUGACAUGUUUACACCUGCUACUGGAUUUUACUAUUGUAUUUUCUAACCAGACAUGGUACUUAAAGAAACGUUGUUAUCGUUGGAGCCAGUCAUGGGCGUCCGUACGUUAAAAUUUAUUUAAAUGUAAGAGAAAAGGAGUUUGAAAACGUUGAGGAAAAAUUGGUUGUACAUUUAUUUGUUCUCUGUGGUAGACUUCUAGAUUCGAUGGAGAAAUAUAUGUUUAUAGAAACUUCACAUCGUUCUCGUCAUUAACGGAUUUUCAUGAUACCUUUUUCAGGUUAGAAAUGGCAUUUUAUGCUUCAGGAAAAUCAUUAAUCUACAGACAAAAAUGGAGCUUAAUAAUUUUGUUCGAUCUCUCAUGGGACGUACACACGAGAAUUGAUAAUGUUCCUGCUUUUCCUAUUUACAAAUACGAUUUGAUUUUUGUAUAAAUAUACAAGAGUACGACUUUAAGUUCGUGGAUAGAGAGAGUGAAUUUAUUAAAGUCCUUAGUUUUAAUUGUCUAAUUUUUAAUGCAAUGUUUAAGAUUUAUUGUAACUGGAUCUCAUUUUUAUGUACACUUCCUCUAAAUCCUAUAAAAUUGAGUGAUAUAGCGGAAAUAAGAGUAUCACUCUGUUAAAAAGUUUUUUCAGGAUCAAAAAAUACGUUUCGACGACAUGAGUUCAUUAACCAGACUGUGACUCAUUUGAAGACGACACACGACUCUCUGACGUCACAACAAUUGAAAAUAGAAAAUACUCAAUCUAGCGCUAAUAAAUACAAAAACGCGAUAGAAUUACAUUUCGCCAACAAAUCGCUUGGUAUCAGUCAAAGCCUAAUCUAUAGUCGAUUAGAGCGGGGAACAUUUAGCCAUCAAGGCCCCUCUUGCAGAUAUUUAUUGGCAAGCUUGUACUAUGUAACACCACACAUGUCAUAUAUAAGUCGGUUUAUGUACAUUCAUAAAAAAAAAAUGGUUCAAUGAUUCUUAGGAUUUUGACGCUCGAUAAGGUAUACAAAACGUCUGCGAUUAUUGUGAGAGCUCAUUUCUAAGUGAAAACAACAUGAAACAAGUCGCUACUCUUAACUGCUCACGGCUCAUAUUUAUGGUCGUUAUUUGUUUUGCCAUACCGAAGUGUUACGGUGAGGUUCAAGGACAAUAUGGAGAAAUCGCAGGCGCGUGGGAUAUUACCUACCAGGGUGGUGGCAACGAACAACUCCUAACCAUUUCGAAAGACAUACAGUAUGUAAAUUUAGUAAUACUCAAUGUGGAUCUAACUUCUGGAGAAGACUUUCAUUUCGAAGUGCACGCUGGCGAUCCGAAAUUGGCGUUGAUCGAAAAACGCAUUGAACGAAGUGAGUUAGCUGGUGCGCCAGCCUCAUGGCAAGGCCAAGUGCCGGUACAAACACGUCACUUCGGCUUUACAACUAUUUAUGUAACACUAAACUCAAGCGAUGGCGUCGUGGAGCGUUCGCCCAGCGACCUAACGCUAAUCAUAGCGCGCAAAGACCGUUUGGAUGAGAAAAUUUUCACUUAUACCGCCUCGGCGCUGUUGUUGUUGAUGUUUCUGAAUUUGGGCGGCGUGCUGGAUUUGGAACGAUUGAAGGCGAUUAUGUUGCGGCCGAUUGCUGUGACCAUCGGCUUUUGUACCAGUUAUAUUUUAAUGCCACUUCUGGCUAUUGCAAUCGGCUACUGUUUCCUGUCCAAACAUCAAGAACUGCAUUUGGCGCUUUUCUUCACAGCACUGUCGCCCAGCGGCGGUUUGGCGAAUAUUUGCGCGAUUUUUCUCAAAGGUAAUGUAAAUCUCUCGAUUGCCACCACAACGAUCAACAGUCUUAUGUCGUUGGCAAUAUUCCCGCUGUGGAUACUUAUUCUGAUGCGAACGAUCUUCACAAACACCGAACUGGAUGUACCGUUUCUGGAUCUCGCCGGCAGCGCUACAGCAUUGGUCUGCGCCAUCGCUUUGGGUAUGCUGUCGCGUGUCUUUUUGCCGAAGACGACAUCGUUGAUAUUCCGAUUCCUCAAGCCGUUCUGCGCGUGCCUCAGUUUGUGUCUGAUUGCCAUGACGGUGGGCAUAAAUGCGUUUGCUUUCAAAGAACUAACCGGAAUGAUUUUCUUAGCGGCUCUCUUCUUGCCCAUAUGUGGUUGUAUUCUCUCUUAUGGCAUAUCAAAGUUGCUUCGUUGUUCCGCAGCAGACGCGCUGACGAUCUCCAUCGAGACGAGUGUCUUAAAUAUGACCGUGCCAAUUAUGUUGCUGCAACAUUGCUUCGACGAAGUGAGAGCCGACAUGACGCUUAUAGUGCCAAUUACGGCUGCUCUCAUUUCCUUGGCAAUGAUGAUUGUCAUUUAUACCAUUCGUCGAAUUUUCGGUUGGAAUAAGAACAUUGAUGGUGAUGUUUUCGCGUCAAAAGUGGAGCUCGUAAGUUUCGACGAAAAUAUUAAGGCGGAAGUCACAGUUUCACAUAUAUCAUUUCGAAAUGAGAAAAGCGAAUUAUAACAGUUGAACAAGUUAGACCACAUAUAUAUUUUUAGAUUAUUAUCAAAUCAAAAAUAAUUUAAGCAGCGAAAUUUUUAUUUUUGUAAACAAAACUUGCGAUAAGUUGCGAGUUCAAAAUUUACGAUUGAAUUUCCGUUUAGUCUAACGCAAUCGACUUGCGCUAAUGAACGGUACUUCAAUGCAACCAAUGUCGAGAUUAUUAUCGAACUUGUCUGAGUUGAACGUAAAAACGGCCCAGACAGUUUGAGGCAAUAUUUAUACGAUUAAAUUAAUGUACAAGUA